AGGGUUCUCCGUUUUGCGCCGUCUUAUCCCUCCGCUCCUCACAAAAACGCGCUUCUCGCCGCCACCACCCUAACCCUAGUUCCCCCGCCGCCAUGGCCGACGACCACUACUCCUCCAAGCGCAAGUACGACGACUCCCCGCCGCCGCGCCGGACGGGAUUCUCCUCCGGCCCGCCCCCCGCCUCGCCGCCGGUUGCCGGUGCCCCGGUGCCAUCUUCGUACAACACUGUGCCACCGCCUCCCGACGAGAUCCAGCUCGCGAAGCAGCGCGCGCAGGAGAUCGCAGCUCGGCUCUUCAGCGCCGCUGAGGCGAAGCGUCCCCGCGUCGACAAUGGCGAUGACGACGUGGGCACCGGUGGUGGAGGGGGUUCCCUGGGGAGCGGUGGCCGUAUCGGCGGUGGCGGCCUCGGAUUCUCGUCCUCAGCCGGUGGUGGCCAUGCUUCUUCCAUCCCACCCUUAUCUUCUCAAGGAAACUCACAUCAGUAUUCUUCAUAUGGUGGUGGAUACCAGAGUGGCAGUACAACAAAAAAGAUUGAUAUCCCAAAUGGAAGGGUUGGUGUUAUCAUUGGAAAAGCUGGAGAAACUAUAAAGCAUCUCCAAGCUCAGUCAGGGGCAAAGAUCCAAGUAACAAGGGACAUGGAUGUUCAACCCGGCUCACAGACAAGAUCGGUCGAUCUUUCGGGCACUCCUGACCAGAUAAACAGAGCUGAGCAGUUGAUAAUUGAUGUUCUUGCAGAGGCUGAUGCUGGAUCAUCUGGCACUAUCUCUAAUCGGAAGUACAACACACCUCAACCUGGUGCUGAGCAAUUCCAAAUGCAAAUUGCUAACAACAAGGUGGGUCUGGUUAUUGGUAAGGGUGGUGAGACUAUAAAAUCCAUGCAGGCCAAAUCUCAAGCUCGUAUACAGGUCAUUCCUUUGCAUUUGCCUCCUGGUGAUACUUCAACUGAAAGAACACUGUAUAUUGAUGGUACUGCAGAGCAAAUUGAAAUAGCAAAGCAGCUUGUGAGUGAGGUCACCAGUGAGAAUCGUGCCAGAAAUCCAAUGUCAGGUGGCUAUUCUCAGCAGGGCUACCGACCUCCUCGUCCUCAGGCAAACUGGGGUGCGCCUGGUGCACCAACAACACAACAGCCUGGUUAUGGUUAUAUGCAGCCUGGACCUUAUCCUGGUGCGCCACCACAGUAUGGCCAGCAACCUUAUGGCAGCUACCCUCCAGCAUCUGGAGGUUAUCAGACAGGGUGGGAUCAGUCUUCAAACCAGCAAUCACAGCAGGCCCCCCCUGGCGCUGGCUAUGACUACUAUAACCAACAGCAGCAACCCCAACAGCAACAAUCUGCCACUGGAACUGCUGCACCUGCUGAUGCUAGCAACUACAAUUACAGCCAGCCUCCUGCUAGUUAUGCUUCACAAGGGUAUGGUGAUUCUACCUACUCUCAGCAGAGUGGUGGGCAGCAAGCUUAUGACUACUCUGGUUACCAGACCCAAGGGCAGCAGCAGUCUUACUCGCAGCAGCCUGGAUAUGAUCAGCAGAGCUAUGGGGCAUCUGGCUAUGGAUCAGCUGCUAACUCAACUCAGGAUGGUACUGCACCUAGCUAUGGUGGUCCAGGUGGUGCUGGUCAAGCAUCUCCAGGGCAGCAAGCUUCCACUCCAUCCUCUGGAGGCCAACCGGGUUAUCCUAGCCAACCACCUACUAGUGCUGUUGCAUCAAGCUACCCAGUGCAAGGUUCUGCCCCUCCAUCUGGAUAUGUUGCUCCACAUACACAGCCUGGUUAUGGUACGCAGCCACCACCACAGGGCGCAUACGGUCAGGGUGGUUAUGGGCAGCCUCCGCAGGCUCAGAAGCCGCCUUCAUCUGCUCCUACUUAUGGACAGCCACCGCAUGCUCAGGCUGGUUAUGGGCAGUAUGGAUACAGUCAGCAAGGCUAUGGUGCACCGCCGCCUUACCCUGGUGCACCUACUGCUAGCCAGCCAGGCUAUGGCCAGCAGCAGUCAUACGGUGAUCCUUAUGCUACUGGUAGCUAUGGGCAGCCUACAGCGUAUUCUACUGAAGCUACAGCACCUGCUGCGUCCCAGGAUCAAUCUGCUGCUGCACCUGCGCCUACCACAGCAACUGCCGCUCCUGCUCCUGCCAACAGUGGUGCCCCCCAAACUUCUCCGAGUUGAGCUGCCUGCUCCUGCCUCAGCUGCAUUUGCAAUCUGGUUUCCUUGGCUCUGCUGCUUGAAGUAUAAUACUCAGUUUAUCCAUGUUAUCUUGUUAUUGCUUGCUUGUGAACUUCAUAUAUUGCUAUAUUAUAUCCUGGUUUUGCUGCUUGCGUAUGGCAUGUACUGCUGUGCUUGUGAUCGCUGGUGCAUAAUGUGACCAAUACUUGGUUUGGAUACUGAA